CUGCUCUCGGAUCGUUCAGCAGCUCUCUGCGUCUCUCUGCACUCGUCUUCUUUUGUUCUUCUUCUUCUCUUCAUCUCUUCUUCUCUUCGUUCUGCUUUCAUCCUUCAGUCGACAACGUCAGUGGAAGGUUUCAAUCCCCUUUGAUAUUCAGGUUAAUCUGAUUAUGAAGAUUUCUUCUGAGACACCUCUUUGUCAAUGACAGCCAAGAUGGAGACUCCUUUCUACCAUGACGACUCCCCCUCCGUCCCUGGCUUUAGCCAGAUCGCAGAAUACGAGCGUUACCCAGGAAACAAGAUGCUGAUGAGUAAGAAGGCCAUGUCAGUGACAGGCACUCAUCACUACAGUGGUGGUGGUGGUCCAGCAGGAGGGAGGGGCGGAAACCCAAACAACCUGGGACUCGCUGGCAACGGCUCACUGAUGACAUCAGCAGCACCAUCGGCGGACAUGAACCUGCUGAAGCUGGCUUCCCCAGACCUCGAGCAUCUGAUUAUCCAGUCCAACCAGGGACUGGUCACCACCAGCCCUGUGUCCACCUCCACCAACCCCUUCAUUUACCGCAACCAGGCCACCAACGAACAAGAAGGUUUUGCUGAUGGAUUUGUCAAAGCACUCGCCGACCUUCACAAGCAGAACCAGCUGGUGGGAGGCAGCCCCAUGUCCCCGUCUUCAUCCUCUACUGUCUCCCUGCAGGCAUCCUACCAGAGGAACCUGAUGUCCGGUGGAGACAUGCCCGUCUACACCAACCUUAGCAGCUACAAUCCGGGCCAGAUGCCGUACUCCGGAGCACAGAUGACGUACAGUGGCCAUGGUGGGGGCGGAGCCCCUCAGCACCACGCUCGAGGCCUGGACACCCCUCAGACCGUCCCUGAGGUGCCUCACCCACCGGGUGAUCCCGCAUCCCCGCCUUCCCUCUCCCCCAUCGACCUGGAGACACAAGAGCGAAUCAAAGCAGAACGCAAGAAGCUCCGCAACCGCAUUGCUGCGUCAAAGUGCCGCAAGCGGAAGCUAGAGCGGAUCUCGCGGUUAGAGGAGAAGGUGAAGGUCCUGAAGAGCCAGAACUCGGACCUGGCCUCCACUGCUGCCAUGCUGAGGGAGCAGGUCACUCAGCUCAAACAGAAGGUCAUGAGUCACGUCACCAACGGCUGCCAGAUCGCUGUUGGAUCUGCCUCCGCCACCAAGUCUGGAGGAGGGAGAGGCACGGGCAGCGAGGACUCCAGCUGCUGAGGAGGUGGGGUAUCAGGAGAAAUGACGGCGUGAAAAGAGGCCAAGGGUUUACUUCUGUGCUUUUGGCAUUUCGCUCACACUCUCGGUCAGAGUGAGCAGAGAUUGAGGUGUCAACAACACCUCAAAAGGACAGAUAGAUGAUGAACGGGAUUUAUGUAGCCCCGUAAACCCCUGUCGUCAGCCAGCUUAGAGGAGAGAAAGGAGACAGAAGGAGGGAUAAAUCCCUGAUAUGAGCGAAGUACACGUUUGGACAAUUUGAAUUUUUGAACUUUAUUUUUUAAGAACAGAUGGUGACUGAUUUAAUUUGAAAAGACUGUUGAGAAGCAGGGUUUCACACUCUAAGAGGUGUGUGUGAACAGACCUGACACAUUCAUUUGAACAUAUAUUUAUGGGUAGAUUUUUAAGUUUCCAGCGUAAGAGGUUUAGUAUGGGUUGAACAUUACAUGACUGUAUUCUUUAACCUCAGAUGUCAUGACAUCUCAGUAAAUAAACUGCACUUGAAAAUGAUUUUUGACAAAUGAUUUUUUGCACUUCUAAGAAAAACAUUGAGUAACAUGUUACACAUGUUAAAAUAAACAUUUUAAUAGUAUGAAGUUUAUCUUUUACUGUUUGAAACAGAAGUGAGAAGAUUGCUAUAUAAGGCAUAUACUUCAUGCUGAAAUCGCUGAUGUAAUUUAUGUGGAAAACAGUACAAUAUUACUUUUAGUUACAGAGUGAGGUCUGUUAAUUGAAUUUUCUUGUCAUGAUUUACAGUAAUCAUGUUUUCAAAGAGACAGUGUCACACAUGUUUUUUUCCUCCUCCUAAUCUGAUUUCUGUAACUUUUUAGUUUCUGUGUUCUGUGUUAACACAGAUAAAGGAGCAUCGCUUGAGAAAAAAUGUCUUCACUUUCACUGUUUUUACUGUAACUCUUCAUGGUAACUGAAAAAUGUAUGUAAUGUGAUUACUACAAUCCCUUUACAUGUGUGUAACUAUAGUCAGCUGCGGUUGCUAAUAAUCCAGUGACUUCAUAUUUUUUAACUGUGUUUCUGUGUUUUCUGUCUGUUGCUGCUGGAAGUUCAAAACUCAAAGUUACAUUGUACAGGAAACAGAGCUGAAGGCCCAUCUUUCUGUUUUUUUGCGGCUGUCAGAUGGUGGAAACUUUUCUCACUGCCUCUGGAUCUUUCAGGAAGCAGGAUUGAAGGAAAGGUCAAAUUCAGAUCUGUCACCGAAGAUGGUUUAACUUUGGAAAAUGAUGUGUGCAAAACUGACUCAUAUUUACUUUGAAUUAACGAGAGUGUUGAUCUCGCUGUUUAAAAAUCAGGUCAUUUUUUUUACUUUUCAACUAGCGGAAUACAUCCUGAUUUAGGGAAAGAAUUUUUAAAAAUAGUUAACUUGUGUUUCACUGAUUGUUGACUUUAAUAUUUUCUACAGCAGCAGAAAUAUUAUUGGACAUAACUGAAAAUGAAAACUCAGAUGAAGUGUUUCAUGUCUCAUUUAUUAUCUAUUCAUUACAACAUUGUGCAAAUAAGAAAUAACUAUUGAAUAAUGUUUAUUAUUUUUUA